CAAAUAGUAUCAAAUGAUAAAACAAAUAGUAUCAAAGUUUCCGGCGCAAGCCAAGGCCGCAUUUUGCCUAAUCACAGUCAGCGGCAUCUCAUAUCAAGCCAAUUGUCUCUCCUCCUCCGACUCUUCCGUUUUCCAAGGCGUCCUUCGCUCUUCUCGUGCAAUCUUCACUAUUGCAGUCACCGUUGCUGACUAUAAGUAUUCUUUAUAUGGGCUGCCAAAGGACUGCGAUGAAUAUCGUCGUCUAUUAUCUGAGGUUCAUUUGCGCUCAGCUAAGAGAAUACUGAAAUUAUGUGAAACAAAUAAAGGUUUUUAUGUGAAAGCUGGCCAGUUUGUUUCUUCCCUGCGUCAGGUCCCAAAAGAUUAUUCGUUGACCCUUUCCUCAUUGCAGGAUCAGGCAGUUCCUUGUGAUUUUAAGGUCAUAAAAGAAGCAAUAAUCAGCAAUCUUGGUCAGGAUCUGUCAGAGCUAUUCAUUUGGUUUAAUGAGCAACCAAUAGCUGCUGCAUCCAUUGCUCAAGUGCAUCAUGCAAUGUUGAAAGACCAUCAAGAAGUAGCAGUUAAGGUGCAAUACCCUGGAUUAGAGAAGAAAAUGAAGUUAGACACGAGAAUGAUGUAUUUCCUCUCAGAAUUCGUUGCAUGGCUGUUUCCUGAAUAUAGGUUUCGGUGGCUGGUCUCAGAAUUCACUGAGGCAGUUUCUCUGGAGCUUGAUUUUAUUCAAGAGGCAAGAAACUCUGAGACAAUGGCCAACAACUUUAAAAACAACAAAAUUGUUAGAGUACCUCCUAUAUUUUGGGGUUUGACAACAAAGCAAAUUCUCACAAUGCAGUUCUGCCGUGGACACAAGGUUGAUGAUGUUGAAUUUCUGAAAGGAAUGAAGAUAAAUCCAGAGAAGGUUGCAAAGGUGUUGGUGGAAGUGUUUGCAGAAAUGAUAUUCAUUCAUGGUUUCUUGCAUGGAGAUCCUCACCCUGGUAACAUAUUGGUUUCUCCCGAAGGUCCGGGUGGCUUUUCUUUGGUUCUUCUGGACCAUGGAAUCUGUAAAAAAUUGGAUGAAGAGUUCAGGCUGGAAUAUUGUCAGCUUUGGAAGGCUUUGAUUCUUUUAGACUCAAAAAAGAUACAGCAUUUAGGUGAAAGGUUUGGUGUUGGGAAGUACUCCAGAUACCUUCCCAUCAUUUUCUCUGGAAGAACUAUCGAUAGUAAAUCUGGCCUUGGGAAGGGAAUGUUGGUUGAAGAGCAAAAGAAGCUGAAACAAGAUUUGAAGACUCUAAAGAUGGAGGACAUAUCUUUGUUUAUGGAAUCUCUGCCUUCUAACUUUCUCACAAUAUUGCGUGCAGAUGAAUUACUGAGAUCUUUAAUUAGCAAGCUCGGGGCUUCAAAACGGGUGAGGCUGCUAACGUAUGGCAAAUAUGCCUCGCUCGGUCUUUCUCCUAAGUUGAAUCCUAGCCCUGAUUUCAAAUUAGCGGUCCUAUAUACCAAAUUGAUAGGAAAUAUACAAUAUAUUCAUCUAAGGUUUGCUCUGGGGGUAAUGGAAUUGGUUUUGUGGAUGGGGAAUUUGAAGCAACAUCUCAAUAACUUUUACAGAAAGAUCAGUGGUGCUGGAAAAGGUCUUUUGACAUUGUUAUUCAACUUAGAACUGUAGAUUUUUAUGUAUUUUAUACACAAAGCUGGUCUAACAAAACUCUAUAACAUUUUAAUUGUAGUUAUAAUCCUAAACCUUAAAAUUCAAACUAUAAUAUUUGUUGCUAUUCUUUACAA